GUGUGCCUUUCACACAGUAGCUGGUGUCUGAAUUCAGCAGCUUGUGGAGCACAGGUUUUACACAGGGUUUGACAAAAGUGAAAUCAGUGUAGGUUGCUGACUGACCACCCCUGGAGAGCACCUUGAGACAGGAACAGAAAGUGGCAGCUCCGGCGCACGAGAGGAAGGCCAUGGUGUUUGUCCGUGGACAUGGAGGUUGUGUGUGAUGCUUUAUUCUCUUCUGAACUCCUGCCCUCUGAAAAAAGCUUUUGGCUGGAUGUAUUGCAUGGGAUUGAAAUGUAGUUUGUCCUCUGCCUAUCUGCAUCUAUUCCUGGAGGAAAUAACAUCUGAAAACCUAAUUCAGUGUUGGAAUCACAAACAGAAAAAAGCAGGACACAAAGCCUGCUGCCUUGAGUACAUGGAAUUCCACAUGCAUGUGCAGCUACCUACCAGAGGAGUCAAACAAAUUAUUCCAGCCCAUGGAGAAGUGCACAUGAGAACAGGAUAAAUAUGGCUUUUAAGGGCGAGGACCACUUAGAUUCCCUUUCCUUCCCAGUUCAGCGCAUGCACCUAAUCCAGGUGGACUCCGUUCAGCGAUGGAUGGAGGACCUGAAGCUGAUGACAGACUGUGAAUGUAUGUGCAUUCUCCAGUCCAAGCCCAUCAGCAUUGAGAAGGAUGAACAAAAUGAACUCAUCCUCUCCUCACAGUACAGCACUUGUGAUAACUUGCAGCUCCUGCUGAAGAGAGCUUGGAUCAUCAGCACUGAGCUGACCAGGAUUGCUCAGAAGCUGGAGAAGAACAGGUGGCAGAGGGUCCACAGCAUGACAGUGAGAGUCAACUGCCACGUGCACUCCAUGAUAAACGAGUACAGCACCUCCAGCAGGAGCUCUUCAGAAGAAAUGCACCAGCUUGAAAAACUCUUAAUAGACAAGUGUUCAGAAUUUACAGCAUUUACAGAAAGGUGCUUACAGACUGAAGAUGAAGAGAUACUGAAGUCCAUGAAAUCUUGUGUUAACGAAACACUCACGACUGUGGCCCAAUAUUUUGGCCAGUUGAUAGAGCUGGUUUUAACACAAGAGGCACAGAACCUGCUGAGGCAGAUAGAGCUCUCUGACAGCCUGUACGUGACAGAGUCGGCCAUCAGCAGUUUGUUCAGCCUUGCCCAGGAAGGAGCUCACCUCUGCCGCAUCAUAGCCAAGGAAGGAGGUGUUGUUGUUCUCUUCAAGAUCUGUCGCCAGGAUUGUUUCAGGUGCCUUUAUCCCCAGACCCUGAGAACGCUGGCGUCAAUUUGCUGUGUAGAGGAAGGGAUGCACCAGCUGGAAAAGGUGGAUGGGAUACUGUGCCUGGCUGACAUCCUCACUGAUACCAGCCAUUCUGAAGCCACCCAUGCAGAAGCAGCAGCAGUAAUUGCCCAGAUCACAUCUCCACAUCUCACAUUCACUCAGCAUCUCAGCAGCUUCCUGGAAAAUAUGGAAGAAAUUGUGACAGCACUUGUCAAACUGUGCCAAGAAGCCUCAUCAGGUGAAGUUUUCCUGCUGGCUUCAGCAGCUCUUGCCAACAUCACUUUCUUUGAUACCAUGGCUUGUGAAAUAUUGCUCCAGUUAAAUGCAAUGAAGAUUCUCCUGGCAGCAUGCUCAGACAAACACAUAGUGGAUACUCCAUAUUCCCGGGAUCAGGUGGUAACAAUAUUGGCAAACAUGUCUGUGUUGGACCAGUGUGCUUCAGAAAUCAUUCAAGGAAAUGGUGUUCAGCUUUUAAUGGAGAUGCUCUUUGAGAAAUCCUCUUCUGGAAACCCAGCAGAAGCUGCAGCUUGUGAGCGAGUGCAGCAGAAAUCUGCGGUGACCCUGGCACGGCUCAGCCGGGAUCCCGAGGUGGCAGAGGCAGCUGUAAAACUCAGCUGUAUUCCUCGCCUGAUUAAACUUUGCAGAUCACCAACAGAAAGAAAUAACAGUGAUUCUGUCUUAGUGGCAUGUCUGGCAGCCCUGAGGAGACUGGCAGUGAUGAGUCCUGAUGGGCUGGAGGAUUCAGAUUUUCAGCAGCUGGUAAAGCCCAGACUCGUGGAUUCUUUUCUGCUGUGCACAAAUAUGGAAGAGAGCUUUGUAUAA